UCAGCAAUGCUGUGAAAUCAGAGGAGGCCACAGGACCCAGAGUUUCAGGGAGUCAAGCUACAAUGGCAGCCCGGUACCAUGGUGUGGGGUCUGUCCCAGGAAAGCCAAGGACCAGCUAUGGGUUUGCAAACCAAGACCAGGAAAAUUCCCAACUGAGAAUUGUCUUACUGGGAAAAACCGGAGCAGGAAAGAGUGCAACAGGGAAUAGCAUCCUCGGAGAGAAAGCGUUUUAUUCUGGCAUUUGUCCAAAAUCCAUUACCAAGGUCUGUGAGAAAAGGGUGAGCACCUGGGAUGGGAGAGAGGUCGUUGUCGUGGAUACGCCUGGUGUUUUUGACACUGAGGUACCAGAAGUUGACACAAGAAAAGAGAUAGCUCGGUGUGUUGCCCUGACCUCCCCAGGGCCUCAUGCUCUGCUCCUGGUGGUCCCAUUGGGGCGUUACACUGUGGAAGACCAUAAGGCUACACAGAAGAUUCUGAACAUGUUUGGAAAGAAGGCUAGAAGAUUCAUGAUUCUCUUGCUCACCAGGAAGGAUGACUUGGAAGACACUGAUAUCCAGGAGUACUUAGAGACGGCUCCUGAAUUCGUUAAAGAGCUGAUCCAUAAGUUCGAGGAUCGCUACUGUUUGUUCAACAACAAAGCAUCAGGAGCUGAACAGAAGGAGCAGAGGACACAGCUGUUGACCUUGGUCCAGCGCAUGGUGAUGGAAAAUGAUGGAAGAUGCUUUACCAACAAGAUGUACAAAAGCGCUGAGGAAGAGAUUCAGAAACAAACCCGGGAGAGGCAAGAACGUUACAGAGAGGAGUUCGAGAGAGAGCGAGAAAGGAUAAUACAUGAGUAUGAAGAACAGAUUAGAGAUCUGAGAGAUCAGCUGGAGAGGGAAAGGAGAAAGGCUCAAAUGGAGAGGGAAUUCACCAGAGCAGAGGCCCACUAUGCACAGAGGCAGCAAAAUGCUAGGCAGGAAGUUGAGCGCCAAAAUACGAUACUUGAAUUAAUCAUGAAAGCAUGGGAGAUUGCUCAAUUUGUCUUCAAUCAGUUUAUGCAAGACGACUAGACCUAGUCUACAAGACUAUACCUUAUCCCUAUUUUCUGCAUCCCUGCCCCCAAAACUCUGCCCUGCAGGACUCACUCCUCAAUGUCCAAAUGCUUUAGUUUCCAUCUUCCAGGACUAAGGAAUGAACUAUAGGUCGCCUUUGACAUUUGGUAGAUGUUCAAUUGACUUAUCCAAAAACUGACCAAUCCUCAAUCUGUGAAACUCCAAAGCAGAAUGUAUGAAUGCUUGCCACCCCUGUGUUCUUCCUCAGAGAAAGCCACCCAGGAGUCCCUAGAAGAUGACUAUGAGAUGCACCCACUCUUCCUUCUCCGGAUUCUUGACAAUAGUCUUCACCUGCAGCUUCUAUACAUUGCUGCUCACUUUCUAGACAACAGUCUUCUAUGUUUCAUUAGGAACUUCAGUGCUUUGCAUGAGGUAAUCUUCAGACAGAAAUAGAUGGCUGUAUAGUUCUCAGUGAAUGUCGGUUUGUUUUAUUACAUGUUCGUAAAGAGCCUCAAAUUGUUCCCUGUCUGCCCUUUGAAGACAAGGCAAAUCCCCUAAGUCAAGUAGUCCAAGAUGAGCACAGAUUAGCAAUCUCACAGACAAUUUACAGAGUUUGCUGUGUUCGAGUGCACCUCUAGAAGCUCUCAUCAACCUUUUGACCAGUUUGAUGAAGUCAGCUCUCUCCUUGGGAAAUGAUCUGACUGCUCCAGCCCCACCCCGUACCCCAAUACAUCUAGCUUGUGCCUCUUCUGCCCCACCCAGCUAAUUUGCUUAUUAUUGUGACAAUAAACUUUUCAGCUGCUUCAUACUUGUUCAGAAGUGGAAUCUGUUUUGUCUUGGAGGAUGGCGCUGCUGUUAUAGCACAGAGAUGAAUUUUGUUUUAUUGGUAAAAGUUUAAGGUGUUUUUUCAGCCAGACUUACUUUAUUGCCAGGGUAUCUCCUCAUCUUCUGUUUUGUUUUCUUAUGCAUGUGGGUGCAUGUGCAUAUAUGUGUAUGUGUGUGUGUGUGUGUGUGUGUGUGUGUGCAGGUACAUGUGCAUAUGUGGGGGGUAGAGGAUGAUCUCGGGUCUCAUCCUCAGGGUUGCCAUCCACCUUCCCGAGACAGUGCUUCUCAUUGGCCUGGAGCUGACCAGUUAGGCUGGACUGACUGGCCCAUGCCCUCUGAGGAUGCUGUUACCUCCACUUCCCUAGCCCCAAGAGUACCAGUGCAUAACACCACAUGCAGCUUUUUACACACAUUCUGGGAGUCAAACUUAGGUUCUCAAUCUUGCAAGACAAGUACUGUCCUGACUGAGUCACUCCCCUAGGCUCAUCCUCUUCUUUCCUCUGAAAUCUUUAGGCCACAUUCUCAAUUCUUCACUGUUCAAACACCACAAUCCUUUUGGAUCCUUAUUAUAUUGUGGUAGAAAUUGUGUCCUAAGUUUUUGAGAUUUGUGAGCUUUUCCUGGUACAUAAGUUUCCUUCAAUAUAGAGGUAUCAAGAAUUAUUUCCUUAUUUUUUGUGUGCUAUGGUGACAUUUUAUUUGUAUUAAAAUGUUUUUUGUAUGUUAAUAAAUAAAGUUGCCUGGGGGUCAGAGCUAUUAGCAAGCCAUAGGAAAGCAGGGCAGUGGUGGCGUACUCUUAUAAUCCCAGCACUUGGUAGGCAGAGCUGGGUAAGUCUCUGUGUGUUCAGGGAUACAGCCAUUAUUGGAUACACAUGCCUUUAAUCAAUACCAAUCAUGGAAAACCUAAAGGCCUAUACAGGCAGGCCAUGAGGAGGCGGUCAUGUGGUUGGGUUUACAACCAAUGAGAAGGCAGAACAGGAAGUCUAUAUAAAGACUUUAACACAGGGGUAGCUCUGGUUUGGAGAGGUAGGACCACCGCAGGAGGAAGGGUAAGGUUUUAGCUCUUAGCUCUGACCUCUUGGGUUUCUUCUUUGCAUUGGUUCUGUGUUUCUUAUUUAAUAAGAAGGUUGGUUACAUCUACAAAUGGUGUCCAACGUGGUGGCAAGAGUUUCCACCUAAAAACUAAGAAAAAAGAUUCUAAAACGGAGCUAAAAACAGUUCCUAAUUGUCUCUCUCAAAUGAGUGGCAGCUGCUGGUUUGAGCUACUGGCGGGUUCCUGGUGUGCGCGCUCGACCUGCCAUAUGGUAGGAAUGAGGCCUCUGCAAGUGGCACAUUAAGCUGCAUGGUGGAUUUAGACUUUGCUAGUACAAAACAGAAAAAAGAGGUUUCUGGGCUACAUGCUGCUUGGAUAAAAGCAUAGACCCACGAUAGCUCCCAGAGCUGGUGGUAAAGUACCACAGCCAUGUUGGGAAGCUGAGGUGGGCGGAGCCAGCAGCCGCAGCUGCUGCAGUUUAAAGCAAUAGAUUCACAAUAAGACAGAUUCAGAUGUAAUAGUUUACAAUGUGUGUAAAAUAUACAUAGGCUUGAAAGAGACAAAAAAGGUGAUAUAUACAGUUAUAGAAACAAAUACAUAGUUUUAAAAAAUAAAGUCUUUAAAGAGACAGUAAAAUUAAUAUAAAAAAUAAGCCACGUGAAGAUGAAUAUUACACAGAGAAUCUGGAUUGUGUUGUCUUUGGGAUUUUUAACUGCAGAAAAACAUUUGAUCAUAAAAGAUGUUGAGUUAAACCAAUAUGUAUAUUUUAAAGGUACCUUGACUUCAAAAUUUGGAUAUAAGGAUAUGUUGCUUUGGAAAAGAGUCUCUGCUUUUGUUCCCACAGAAAGCCAAAGGCUAUGGAUUUGUUCCAGAUUAAGAUACAUCAGGUUUGACCAGCCAAGACCACCUGAAAGGUCUUCAAUGACACCAUGGCCCAGAUGAUCCAACAUCCAGAAUGGUUUGAAGGCAACUGGCUCAGACAAUACACCCUCAUGGACUACUCCAUAAUCCUAAAAUUUUCUUUGUGUCCCCAUAAGAUACAGCACCCCUCUCCAGCAGGAAGUAGUAAGAGAAGCUACGCCCAAAUUCCCAAAUUAUAUGUAAUUUUACUUUGUUAAGGUUAAAACCUUCCUUUUUGGAAAAAAAAAGGGGGGGGGAAGUGCUGUGGGAUGUUCUGUAUUGCAAAUGUGUUGCUAAUUAGUCAAUAAAUAAAACACUGAUUGGCCAUUGGCUAGGCAGGAAGUGUAGGUGGGACAAGGAGGAGAAUAAAGCUGGGAAGUGGAAGGCUGAGUCAGAGAGACACUGCCAGCUGCCAUGAUGAGAAACAGCAUGUGAAGAUGCCGGUAAGCCAUGAGCCAUGUGGCAAGGUAUAGAUUAAUGGAAAUGGAUUAAUUUAAGCUGUAAGAACAGUUAGCAAGAA